AGGACCCAAAAGCCUUGGUUUGAAAGCCUUUUUCUACCAAGAGCGGCAGCAGCACACCGGAAACUGGGGCAAACAGGAGAAAAGCAACCCCAUGGAAGACGGUGAAUUCCGCCCCAGUUUUCUAGGCUCUCUCCCCUUCUUUCUUCUUCUUCUUCUUCUUCUUCUUCAUCAUCAUAAAUUAACUCGCACCGCUGGAUCUUCUGAGCUCAGCAUAAGCGAGCAAGAGUGCGAAAUCCCUAAACACCAUCACCCCUACCAUGUGGAAAUGGAAGAGGUAUCUGAUAAGCAGUAGAAGAAUAAGAACAAGAAGGAUGUCAAUCCCAGCAGCUAAUAAAGAUCCCAUCUUGGCUGUUACAGAAGCUUUCCUUGCUGACACUCAUCCCACAAAGAUCAACCUUGGCGUGGGACCCUACAGCUUCCGUGAUGAUGAGGGCAGGCCUCUUGUUUUUCAAUGCGUUCGAGAUGCUGAGGCCAGGAUUGCCGAUGCCCAAUUCCGGGAGUCGGCACUUACAAGUGCAGUGAAGACCAACUUAGUUGAAGAGAGUGUACAGUUGGUGUAUGGAAAGGGUGCAGAUAUUGUGAAGGAAAGGAGGUUUGCUGGAGUUGCAACUCUUUCAGGCACCAGUGCAUGUUGUCUCUUUGCUGAGUUCCAGCAUCAUUUUUAUCCCAAAUCACACAUCUAUUUGCCUGUACCUACUUGGUCCAACCAUCACAACAUUUGGAGAGGUGCUGAAGUUCCAGUAAGAACCUUCCACUACUACCAUCCUGAAUCAAAGGGCCUAAAUUUUGCAGCACUCAUUGGUGAUAUAAGGAAUGCCCCGGAUCAUUCGUUCUUCUUACUGCAUCCUUGUGCUCACAACCCAACUGGAGUUGACCCUACUGAGGAACAAUGGAGAGAAAUCUCAUAUCAGUUCAAGGUGAAGAACCAUUUCCCUUUCUUUGAUAUGGCUUAUCAAGGUCUUGCUAGUGGGGAUCUUGAUAGGGAUGCCAAAGCCAUCCGGAUAUUUCAAGAAGAUGGACAUUUACUAGGUUGUGCUCAAUCAUUCACAAAAAUCAUGGGACUUUAUGGACAUCGAAUUGGUUGCCUUAGUAUUCUUUCUUCGGAUGAGAAUCAAGCUAUUGCAACCAGAAGCCAGCUUCAGCAGAUUGCCAGGGGAAUGUUUGGCAGCCCGCCUAUUCACGGCAGCUUGCUAGUGUCAACCAUUCUGGGUGAUCCACAACUCAAGGCACUUUGGGCAAAGGAGGUGAAGGUGAGAAGUCAUGUGUUCAAUAUUUCCGCCCAUUUUUAUUCAGUCUUAUUUCUUUGCUAUGUUCGCAAGGCUAUGGCUGGUCGAGUUAUGAGAAGGCGGGCCACCAUGCGCCAGAGUCUUGAGAAAUUGGAUUCUCGUUGCAACUGGGAGCACAUAACGAACCAGGUCGGGAUGUUCUGUUUCACCGGCUUAUCCCCCCAACAGGUUGAUCGCUUGGCGAGGGAAUUCCACAUAUACCUGACUCCUGAAGGCCGGAUGAGCAUGGCAGGUGUAACUAAAAGCAAUGUGGAUUAUUUGGCUAAUGCAAUGCAUGAAGUCACCAGAUUUGGCCAAGAAGAUUCUUUGCAGAAACAGCAGUACUACUCUCUUUAGCUUAAUUAUGUUAGUCCCGGUGGUGGCCCUGCAGCUGCUUAAUUAAUUGGUGAAUGAAUGAAUAGUUUAAGAGAAGAUGCCUCUGCCUCUCUGUGAAUGUUGAUGUUUUGUUUGCUUAGCAGACCAGACCAGACAAGGAGUACUUGUUCCAGACAUCAAGAAGUACCUAACCCCAUUAGAGCUAGAGCUCGAGCUCGAGCACCAGGGCUCUCACUUUGCUAUUUUGGGUUCUUUUUGUACAAUUCUACUCUUAUUUUGUGAGAAGAUAACAUAAAUGUUCUCAGGUCUGUGUCAGGUACAGGGGGAGGGGAUGGGGCUCAUGCCUUCUCUCUGAUUUUACUCGCAUCGGGCAAACAACGUUAUGUUGCCUGAAGACAAUUGUUUCAACUUAAAUUCGUUUCGGGGACCACAUCGAUUUUU